ACCUUCCGUGCGCUCUGACGCCGGGCCGCUGAGCACUGUGGGAAAGAAGAUGGCGCCCAUGCAGCAGGAGUGAGGAACGGGCCGGCUUCCUGGAGACUGUAUCUAGCUGUGUUGGGAUAGGGAAGUGUGACAUUGCCGGGAGGUUAGACCCGGAGCUGAGAGGAGCCGAGGCAGGUGUAAGUUCAGCGGGAUGUUGACACUGGCAAGCAAGCUCAAGCGGGACGAUGGGGUGAAAGGAAGCAGAGCUUCCACUGCAACUUCUGACUCUUCUCGCAGAGUGUCCAUCCGUGAUAGAUUGCUUAUAAAAGAAGUAGCAGAACUUGAAGCAAACCUACCAUGUACGUGUAAAGUGAAUUUCCCUGACCCCAACAAAUUACAUUAUUUCCAGCUGAUGGUGAGCCCAGAUGAGAGUUAUUACCAAGGUGGCAAGUUCCAGUUUGAAGUUGAGGUUCCAGAAGCCUAUAACAUGGUGCCUCCUAAAGCGAAGUGUUUAACAAGGAUCUGGCAUCCGAACAUCACAGAGACAGGUGAAAUCUGUUUAAGUUUGCUGAGAGAGCACUCCAUAGAUGGAACGGGCUGGGCCCCAACUCGAACUUUAAAGGAUGUUGUAUGGGGAUUGAACUCCUUGUUUACAGAUCUGUUAAAUUUUGACGAUCCUUUGAAUAUUGAAGCAGCAGAACAUCAUUUGAGAGAUAAGGAUGAAUACCGAAAUAAAGUUGAGGACUACAUCAAGCGCUAUGCCAGAUGAUGCCAACUUUGAAUCUCUGAUCCCUCUCAAGAGCAGUGGCUAGCCUCUGUGGGGUCUCCAGAGCCAUAAGGGGGAGGAAUGUGAAAAUCAUUGGACGGCUUUAAUGCCCUCUCCCUGCCAGACUGAUACAAACAUUUUACCUCUAGCCCCUGCACUCUAAUGCCAUCCUUGUGCCCAGCCAAAAGGAGUCUCAAAACUCUACCCCCAUAAAAAAACCCCCCCCCCAUUGGCUAUUGAUGUGUGUUUUUUUUUUCCCCUUUUCCCCUUUUCCUUCUUUGAGUGGGGCUAAUAAUGCUUGCUUGUUUUAUAUCUCCUACAAUAUACGGAGUGUUGUAUGAAUUCUAACAAGUUGUAUUGAACCUUUAGAAAAUCCAUUCACGCUCAAAAACAUCAGUUAACAGGUGGUCUUGGGUCAAACCUGUGCUUUUCAGACUUGAAGUACAUAAUCUAUAAGCCUCUUGUAGGCCAGAACCACCAUAACUGCUUGAUGCCUUUUUCAUUCAAAAGGAUGGUUUGCUUUGUAGCUGACUCAUUAUAUGAUCCAGUAACCGUUAAUACGGGGUUCAUUUUUUGCCUCUUGUGGAUACUCCAGCAUAGAAUGUAACAGCAUAAAAUGUUUACAGUAAUAAUUGGAGAGUAAGACCCACCUACGAGGCUAGAGCUAGACACCAAAUUCAUGUGUCAGGCCUCACUUGAUCAGUAGGCUUGUUCAACAUCGUCCUGUAGUCCAUUCUUUUUAAAAAAAAUAUUUUAUCUGUGUGCUGACAGGUCUGGGGUGAGACAAUAUGCAGAUACUCUGCCAGUGAAAAGUUGCUAGUGCACAGGGUGAGUUUCACAGAUAACAAGACAUGGGUGAACAAUUCUUCUUACUGUGAUAAUGCAACUUUAACUUAUUAUUCAUGUUUAAAGGAGCUUGAUGGAAACUCUGUAAUCACACCCUGCCAAUGUAUAUGGGUUAUAUAAAUACAAAGAUAUGCACUUUCACUA